AUGGUGGAGAAUGGUAGGCUUCAGUGUCAAUUCAGAAGAAGGUUAUAUCUAAAUGAACAGCUAGAAUGGGAUCUUUUAUGUAAUGAAUUGGGGCCAGUUCAUGGUCUUGUUGAUGAGGAGGACAAUGUGGAGAUUAUGGGGGAUUUUUCUGUCAAAAAGUGUUAUGAAUUGUUGGUGCAGGAAGAUGGCAAUUGGGAUUUCAGCAAGUACUUGUGGAAACAAGGAAUUCCUAACAAGGUGAGUUUUGUAUUGUGGGCUACAUUUCAUGAUUCAUUACCUACUUUAACUAUGCCAAGACACAGAAGGGUAGAUAUUCAGGAGAUGAAGUGUCCUUUUUGUAAAACUGAGGAUGAAACAGUAAACCAUAUAUUUUUGAACUGUUCUUAUGCUUCUGCAGUUUGGUUUUAUUUUAUCAAGGCAUUCAAAGUGGAUUGGAUUUUCCCAAGUUCAGUGAAGGGGAAUUUUGAUUCUUGGAAGCUAAACAAUAUGACAGGUAGGUGUAGCGAUGUUUGGUGGAAAUUGAUUUAUGCGGUUCAUUGGCACCUGUGGAAUGAAAGAAAUAGAAGAGUAUUUGGAGGGAGAACAAUGGAUUCAGAAGAGGUGAUAAUGUUAAUUAAGCAAUCAGUUGUUCUUUGA